AUGCGUAGACCGAGCACCAGACGGGACUCGAAGAAGAUCUGGAAGAUGGAGCACAGCCACGAGAGGAACGCGACAGGCAUGAGAGACGAGCCAAUGUCGAAAGGCGUGGAGAACGAUGACGAGCAGAUGGACUUCCAAUCGGCCGCCGAUUCUUCUCACAAUCACUGCCGUUUGUUCGCGAGUCUCGGUAUCACUGCGAUCGCUGUCGUCCUGGCCGGUUGUUUGUCAACAUUCAGACAACGGCUGGCAGAGGUCAGACACGGGCAGGCGAAACUCGUGCGACGAUUGAUCGCGAGCGAACGUUCAGCACUUUCCGCCAGGCCCAUACAUAAAUUAAACAGCGAAACUUUUCAGCUGUAUUCAUUUAACUUGCCGGUAAUUUAAAAUUGUUUUAGAACCGCCAUUAUUAGUCUUGACUUUGAAUUUCAGAAUUUCAAUGUAAAUUAA